AAAUCACGUAUUGGACUGCAAAAAGUUGGAUUAUUAAUCAAUUAUUUACCCGGAAUUGAUAUUUGUGGCCAUUUUUGUGUGCGAUCAGAACAAACAGUGUUAAGAAGGAUUAGAAUCCUUCUAAAUAAAGCAAGGAAAGUGCAAACCAUUUGCUGCCCCGAUCCAGGAAGGAAACCAUCGUCGGAAACUGAAGACUGGCGAAAUUUAGGGUGAACGAAGAAAAAUGGCACAGAAACGCAACUUUAUUAAUCGCUUACCAGACGAGGUGUUAUCCAUGGUGUUUGAUCGGCUCGAUUUUGAGAGCCUGAAAAAUGCGUCACUUACGUGCCAUCGAUGGAAUAACGCGAUCUUCGAAGGUGGAUGCCUAGAGAGAUUUUUGUUGGUCGUAGAUUGUCGAAGCCCCGCGCUAUCAAACAGGAACCCAUUGAAAUCGCUAGCACCACGGAUUAAGCUGUUAACCAGACACACCACACGACGUUAUCGGAAUUUGAGAAUUACGGUAGUGCCUGGCAUGGAAAAUGUUUUCACUACAAUCUGGAGGGUUAUUCAUCCGAAAAUCACGAGCAACAUCCGCUGGCUGUACGUUGGUUAUAUUCGUGCUCAGAUGUCCGAUUUGUUACCGUUAUUGAUUGAUUCAAUACCGUCUCUACUACAUCUACAAUCGCUAAUGGUAGACGAAGAAUCAGCAAUGGGUUCUGGUGGCUUUUUUUCAAAGAUACCUCAAAAGCAGAUACCAAAAAUUCGAAGCAAAUCGCUCCAGGAAUUGGGCAUGAGAUGCAGUUACAGAUACACGGUAGAUCUGCCGCAGCUGGAAACAUUUCAAGGUGCGCUAAGCGCUCUAAAUCUACCAGACGAUAGCUCGCAGUCCCUUAUGUUAUCCAAUCUCAAGCUUCUUCAGAUAUUGGCAAAGAACGAUGAUUCCAUCAAUCCAACUGUGUUUCGGCGAAUGCCGAAUCUUCACUCCAUUAUUUGGGAUGUUCCUGUAGAUGAGGCGCUCUUAAUAGCAAUGUGUGAAACGUACCCCUCGCUUACAAGAUUGCAAUUCUCUCCAAACAUUAUGUUUACCGAUCGGUCCCUUUUUGAACACCUGCUGAAGCUCACCGAGCUUCGUCAGCUUACUUUUCCUGCCAUUAAUGUUAGUCAACUGGUUUACGAUUUUUCAAAAUUUACUCACUUGAAGGAUCUCUAUCUAGGAAACAACGAGAUUCCGGCUGUUACUUUUCAGAGCCUUCCCAACUCAAUCCGAGCAAUUGGCCUACGCCUAAAUCCGAAUAAUGAGCGAAACCUGAUGGAAAUGAUUCCGUGCAAAUUUGCACAGUUGACGGAACUGCAUAUGAUUUUUUACGACGGUCCGGCAUCACAGAAAAUACUGAACAUUUUGCCAUCGCUGAAACAACUGAAGAGACUGUCGCUCACCCGUUGCAAUUUCCAACGAUCGUUUUUCCUUGGAAUGGACACCCCGCUGCCUCAAAUGCGAGUUCUACAGUUCAUAUACUGCACACUACCUACAGAGCGUCUAUUAGGACUUCAGGAAAAGUUUCCAAACGUGAAGAAGCCUGAGUUCAUUCAUUGUUUCGAAUCUUUGCCUACUGAUGUAGGUGACCUCGAAUCAGCCUUUCUGCGUUUGGUAACCUACAAUGCUAUGCGUUAGUAUAAGGCAUGUUACAUGAAACAUUCAAAAAAUUAUAGAAUAAGUUUAAGAAAACCAUACGAAUGCAGCGUAAAGCAAUACAGCUGAAUGUACGAAGUCUCAAUGUAAGAAAUUUUCGAACGAUGAAAUGAAA